GCGGCAAUCCUGGGGAGAAGAUGAAGCAGCUCUUCGGCAAGUCACUGGGGACGGUGGCGAGCCUGUCGAAGCUCCUGCCCACCGGCACCACGCUGGCCUUCCAGACGAUGGCGCCGGCCUUCACCAAGGGCGGCGAGUGCCAGGACCACGACGUCAACUUCGCCUUCACCUGGGGGCUCAUCAGCUUCCUCACCGUGCUCUGCGCGGCGCUCAGCUUCACCGACAGCGUCACCGACAAGCACGGCGUCACCUACUACGGCGUGGCCACCCCCCGGGGCUUCAAGCUCUUCAACCAGGACCUGAGGCGCCUGAAGCCGGCCGACGGCGAGAGCAUCGGCCACCUGAGGAGGAGGAUGAAGAUGAACGCGCUGGACUUCCUGCACGCCGUCGUCAGCGCCGCCGUGUUCGUGGCCCUGGCCUUCUGCGACGCCGGCGUGCAGCGGUGCCUGGUCAAGCAGGAGUCGCGGCCCUGGAAGGAUUUCCUCACCCACCUGCCGCUGGCGGUGGAGUUCCUCGCCAGCUUCGUGCUGAUCAUAUACCCCUCCAAGAGGAAAGGCAUCGGCGACGUCGCCAUCCCGGACCCGGAGGGGCCCGACACGAGCCACAAGACGCGCUGGCGCUUCGACAAGUCGCUGGUGACGGCGGCGGGCCUGUCGAAGCUCCUGCCGGCCGGCACCACGCUGGCCUUCCAGACGAUGGCGCCGUCCUUCACCAGGGGCGGCGAGUGCAAGCGCCACGGCGUCAACUUCGCCUUCACCUGGGGGCUCAUCGGCUUCCUCACCGUGCUGUGCGCGGCGCUCAGCUUCACCGACAGCAUCACGGACAAGGACGGCACCUACUACGGGAUAGCCACCCUCAGUGGCUUCAGGCUCUUCGACCAUCACCCUACUAGGGAGGGGGAAGAGGAGUGGGAGGAAUUGAAGAGGAGGAAGAGGAUCAAGCUGCGGGACUGCUGGCACGCCCUCCUCAGCGCCGCCGUGUUCGUGGCGAUCGCCUUCUGCAACGCCGGCGUGCAGGGGUGCCUGGUCCCCAAGGAGUCGAGCCAGUGGAGGGAGUUCUUAACCCUCCUGCCGCUGGCGGUUGGGUUCGUCGCCAGCUUCGUCUUCAUCAUCUUCCCCUCCAACAGGAAAGGCAUCGGCCAAGAAGGCGCUUUGACCCUGGAUCAGGUCGAAGCGAAGAAAGACGAGGCCAACAACGACACCACCGCCGCCGCCGCCGCCACCACCACCACCACCAAGACAUGGAAGAAGAGCUCCGUCAGCACCCAAGUUGCUCCAUCGUCGUCGACGGCCCGUGAUGAACAGCCUGGCUCGGUUCCCGUCUGACGCCGUGUGCCGUCGUCGAUCUCAUCAGUAGCAGCUGGUAUGCAUGGUGAGUGUUGUUGCGUGAAUGCAUGAUGAGGGCUUGCACAAGGUGAGGUGUGCUUUGUUUGUCUUCUUUAAAUAAAGCCUGCUGCCGAAAUGGAAUCAAGGCGGCAUGUUUGUCUUUGUUAAUUCCCCCCUAAAAGCUUCAUCCUUGGUCUCAUUUCAGUAUGGUGUGCUUGUACUUUUCAGUUCUUCAGAGUGUGGAAUAAGAUUUUAUGAUU